AUAUCUGACUGUGAAGCUCGAAGCAUGUGUGAUACGCAACUGUCUUACGAAUAUUUGCUAAUUGUUCCAGUUUCAGUGCUCAGCAAUCAGCGUGCGAAAGGGGCAGCAAUGCUUCUGCUGCCAUAAGUCAAACGUCGGAAAGAGUGUGUGGAAAGUAGUAUAAACCGCACUAAUGAAAUAUGCUAAAUAGUAAUUUAUUAUCGAGGUGCUGUUUUUAGAUGUGCUGUGCUAAAAAUAUCUUCCUACCAGUGUGAAAAAUGUUAGCGUCGGUGUGUGAGAACGUGCGAAGCAGGAAAAACAAGUGUGCAGUAUAAACAAACAACCGGGCGGAGAGUGUGUAGACUCUGUUAGUGGCCUUUUAAGUAACAAAUCUCCCCGCCUUCUCUAUAGAGCAUUAGGGGCGAGUAAACAACGAAAAAAGUAAGAACGUUGAGCGCAAUUUUUUUUCCCGCGCACCUUUUAGAUGCCUGGCUACGGUGGAUUGCCGAAAGGGUUGUGUUGUGUUGGGAUUGGAAUGCAGGCAAACGCGUAUGGCAACUAAUCUGAGCUGGAGUUUUAAAACCGGAAUAUGCUGAAAAUUUCAGACAACAACAAGAACAACUUUUACCACCACCACCACAGUCAGACCCCGGCCAAGCUGCAUGCAUCCAUCCCCCGCCGCGUUUGUGCCUUCUCACCGUGUAAAUGUUUGUUCACGGCAUUCUUUUCCUAAUAGCCGAGAACUGACCACCAUAUUUGCGUAGGCACACGAAUAUACCACCUUAGAAACAUUCCCUGGCGUUUCUUAUAACGUGCGCGAAGUGCCACAACUAAUAGAAUUACAAGCCGCCCCCGUUCCCGCCACCACUUUCCCGCUCAGUGAAGAAGCAAUUCCCGCGUUCUUUGGCUCUGUCUUGUAGCGGGACACCAUCAGCAGGCGGCAGCAGGAGUCCUUCUCUUUCUGCGGCAGGGCUGGCAGCGCGCAUCGGCAGCAGCUGGGAAAACAACAACAACCAAAAUAAACAGAAACACAGUUUCAGCCCGAGUCGAGAGCUCACUUGGUUCCUUCUCACUCACUUACUAGUUCGCCGACCGUCGGACCGUUGGGACGCGUAUUCGUGAGAGCUUGGUUCAGCUUGGUUCGAGUAAGAGAUUAGAGUCUAAAGCCGGUGAACCGUAUCGUGUCGGUAGAUCGUAACAACAAGCAACCGGUGACCCUCGCGGGAGGAUUUUGUGACGGUGACGCUAGUGCUAGUUAGUGCAUGGUGGGUGUCGUCGUUGUCGUCUUCGAGCGUGUGAAAGCAACAGAGUCAUUUUAGCACGCGUCGUGAGCGGGGUCUAUUUGUGGCCGCAGUGUGGUACCUAUACACACGGAAUUACGUCAUCCCCUUAGAGUAGCUCUAGACGACCGGUCUACUGAUCCUAAUAUUUUGGACGGACAUCUGCCGCAGCUCUGUUGCGUCGCAGUGAAGUUUAUUCAACUCUCAUUUGGCCGGCCCAGAAGCUACUUAUACUGCGUACGUGUGAAUCUUAAAUGUCAGCUUGUACGUAACAAACACGGAACGGUCGUUGAUUCGUUUGCAUCUGUCGGCAACAUACAGGAUUUUUUUAUUGAUGACAUGUAAUAUCUGGUUCUUGAUACUUCAUGGGUCGUGAAUCUGUUGUAAUUUGAGAUUCUAUAAUUUGCUAUCUGGUGUUGUGAAAAAAGUUAUUGAUCGUGAUAAAAUUGAAAGUGGAAAUAUCCGAGCUUUUCUGUUGAAGCCGAAAAUAGUGUUUGUGUUUUCUAAACAAAUAUAUGCAUUCGAUAUGCCUAUAUAGGCGGCUGUUCAAAAGAAAGGCGAAAAGUAAUUCGGUUCUGUGUCGUGAAAAUUGUUUCGCAUCUGCAUGUGGAAGCUUGCUUUGAGUGGGAAUACAAUAGUGUGCGAUCAAGCCGAGUGAAGAUCCGUAAAUUUUUAGCCGAAAAAAAAUGAAAUAAGUCAUUUUGAAGUGUGCAUAAAUCCCUACUGAGUGCAUUGUUUGGUGUGUGGUUAAUUGGCAGUAAAAUUAUACGAGCCUCGGAGAACUGCAAUCAGGAACGAUGAACGGCGUUACGCUAAUGGACGAGAACGAUGUGGACAUCAAGAGUCCAAUACGACGGCUGGGAUCCACCCGUAAACUUAACCUAUUUAACAACAUCCGACAACAGCUCAACGAGCAGCUCAAGUUUCUCGAUGUACGCAUGGAAUCGCAGAUAUCGCUGAUCCAGGAAUUGCAAGACUUCUUCCGGCGGCGCGGUGAGGUGGAGCUGGAUUACAGCAAGAGUCUGGACAAACUGGCCAAAAGCUUGCAAUUACGACACAAGGAACAGCGACAGAAACGCGAACAGUGGCCCAUGUUUUCGUCGUACUCGUGCUGGCAGCAGCUGGUUAACCAGACCAAGUCCCUGUCCAGGGACCACGCGGCACUAUCGGAGAUCUACUCGGUGCAUCUCGUAGCCCGGUUGCAGUCCGUCUGGGAUGAUGUGCAGCGAAUAUACAGAAAGUGUCGCGAAAUCGGCUUCGAAACACACGUCGAGAUCCUGCGCAUCCUGCAGGAGCUUCACACCAACAUGAAAACCUAUCACACAUACCAAACCGAGGCCAAAGAGGCCGAAAAGAAACUCCGAGCGGCGGAAAACCAACGCAUGAAGCUGCAGCAGAGCGUUCCGAAAGAGAAACUAGAACGCAGCAAAAAGUAUCGGCUAAUCGAGAAAGAGGUACUCAAACGUAAGAACAAAUACACCGACGCAAGACUGAAGGCCCUGAAGGCGAAAAACGAGUACCAGCUGUGUUUGGAAGCAUCCAACACCACAAUCCACAAGUAUUUCGUCGAAGAUUUGAGCGAUCUAAUUGAUUGCAUGGAUCUUGGAUUCCACUCCGUUGUCUCCCGGGCGCUACUGAUGCACGUUUCCGCUGAUCAGGGCCGCUGCCGGGCUGUACUGAACAACACCGACACCCUUUCGCACAUCAUCAACUCGAUGGACAGCCGAGCCGAUAAGCAGAAGUUCCUUGAGCAGCACAGUGCAGCGUUUAUGAUUCCCAAACGGCUCGAGUUCCAGGGCCAGGAGGACGAUAUCGAACCGGAGCUACAGAAGGCUCUCCACCAAGAGAUGGAAUCUCGGUUAGUUCAGCUGGAGCAGAGGGUCAACAAUCUUCGUAUGGAGUCGGAGGAAAUCUGGAAGACGCUGGAAACGGCGGAAAUUAAUCUGUUGGAUAUACUAAACACAAAGGACUACGACUGUAGUACUUCGUUUGGAGAUGGUGCGAUAACUUUCCCGAAAACGGAAAAUACAGCGCUCAAGCUAAGGUCGGACAAAAACGAAAUUGAAGAAUUUUACAUCACGAAAAUUCGAGAAUACAUUCUCGCCACAUCACGAAUAGCAAGGCUUGACUCGAAGGCGGAAUUCCUGCGGAAUGCAUUAACCAAGGACUCGGCUAUCAAGGCGGACACAUUGACCAAAUCGAACGUACCGAAGCGGAAACGCAUCGGUCGAAUGAAUAAAUCCGGUCGACCGAAAUUGUUCGGAGGCUCUCUGGAGGAGUACCUAGAAGUUGCUGGGGAGGAAAUUCCACUCAUCCUGCGAAGCUGCAUUCGGGUCAUUAAUUUGUAUGGACUUCACCACCAGGGAAUCUUCCGAGUGUCUGGAUCUCAAGUAGAAAUAAGUAACUUUAAGGAGGGUUUCGAGCGGGGCGACGAUCCGCUGGCCGACACUACCGAUGCUUCGGACAUCAACUCGGUGGCCGGGGUGCUGAAACUGUAUUUACGCGAACUUCGAGAACCACUGUUCCCGCUGAUCUAUUUCGAUCACUUUGUGACGCUGGCGCAACUCGAAUCUAAACACGAAAUUGUGCUGGGAAUUCGCAAAUUCUUCCAGAGUCUGCCAAAGCCAGUUGUCAUCGUGAUAAGAUAUCUGUUUGCGUUUUUGAACCACUUAUCGGAAUACUCGGACGAAAACAUGAUGGAUGCGUACAACUUGGCCAUCUGUUUUGGUCCUACGCUGAUGCCGGCACCGGAGGAUAAGGAUCAAGUGCAGUAUCAGAAUCAGGUCAACGAACUGAUAAAGAACAUAAUCGUGUAUCACGCCGAACUGUUCCCGAAGGAUCUCGUUGGGAUGCAGUACGAAAAGUUUAUUUCCUCCGAACCAUUUGAGGAUAUUGACGUGGGAGACUCACCAACCGAACAGGUCUCCGAAGAUCCUGACUCAGAGGUGUACCCCUCGGAAGACGAAUCCGAUACAUUUGAAGCAAUUGUACAGUUUGACUUCAAUGCACGAUCAGAGCGGGAGUUGUCGCUACGUAAAGGCGACAAUGUAAUACUGUACAAUCAGGUCUCCAAUGAUUGGUGGCGCGGAGCAGUUAACGGCAAGACCGGUCUAGUUCCGGAUAAAUACAUUUCGCUGAAGAUCAAAGACGAAGACCGCGACAAAAGCGAACACCUGAAAUCGUCCAGCUCGGAAGAAUCGGUCCGAAAGCGACGUCCCAGUGGUAACAUCUCAAUCAAUAGCCAGCUUUCGAUCUGCACCCAAAACUCGAACACACUCUCCAACAUAACCUGUGGUAGUGAUUACACCGGUUCGACCAUCAGUACCGCAACACCAGGAGGAGGAGGAGGGUGUGGAAGUGGCGGUGGAGGUAGCGUUGGCGGCGGCGGCCUUGGUGGUAAUGGGGUAACUCUCCCGGUCGGCUUGUUGCAAACUUCAAUGUCUUCCUCGCCCGGGCAUCCGCAGUACCAGACGAUUCAGCAGCAAAUUCAGCAGCAACAUCCGACUCCCAUCAACAAUCAGGUUACGCAUCAGCCGCCGCUUCCAACCGCUCAUCCCCUUAUAGGGGAUAAGUUGACCGAGCUGAAGGAUCCGGACUACAUUCACUACGACACGGUGGAUCUGAAGGCUUCGACAUACAGCUAUCACGAUGAGCCGCAUUCGUUUGAAAGCUCGGCAGAUUUCCUGGAGGACAUGAACCACUUUACAUUCGAGCCCCAGCAGAAACCAUCGGAACCGAUCUACGCCGAACCGACCAAAAUCACCGUCCAGCGGGAUAGCAAAUCUCCGGACGGUGGCGAAAGUAUCGGAGGAACCAGUUCCGUCAGCAACGACGAUCCCGAUGAUGCCGUCGAGUUCCGGUAUGCCCUCAGCGGAAUGGGAGAUCCACCCGAACAUACCAAAUCGUCGUUGAUGUUGAACCGGCGCAGUGAUACACUUCCAGUAGCGGCCCAAGGCAAGGGUCUGGGGGACGACAAAAAUCGUCACUCGGAUUCGGCUGCCGGAGCUGGAAGUCGGAACGUCGAUGAAAAUGGUGAGCCUAGACCAAUGAGAAAGUACCAUUCGAAAAGUUUCAGCUUGUCGGAGAACAAACUUAGCUUAGUAGCGGUCGGAUCGGGCUCGUCGGCUUUGAAUGUGUUCCAGCAGAAUCGAGAUUUGUGGCAGAAGCGCGCCGCACAGAGCUCUUAUCAAAAUUUGGCUACAUCGAGGAUUCUGAGUCGAAACCGGAUAGCCCCGGACUUGGUGAUGGAUUUACCGCCGGCCAUUGGCAAAGAUUGCACCGGAAGUAUCUCCCGGGAAUCGUUGGAUAGCGAGUUGGAAGAUAUGACGUCGGCGGAGCGGUUUGCGGCUCAGAAUCAAUGCACGUUGAAGAAAAAUGAACGAUUCUCGACGGAAUCGGUUGUAUACGAAAAUACCGGUAAAAAGGAAGUCAAGUUGGAUUUGAAAGGUGGUCCUCCGGUCGAUAAACCGAAGGCCGAGGUAAAACCACAGGAGAGCAGUCUUAAAACACCGACAUCGAUAGAUAUUCCGAAGAUUAUCGAAGAAGGAGGUUGCGUUAGGGUAGAGGAUGUCGCGGAAGGUAUUACCAAAAUCACAUCGGAUGAGGUUCUGCAUAUUGAAGAAUCUUCCGUUGAGGGCCACCCUGAAGGUCUUGCUGCACCUGCAAUCAAAGAGCUGGCCAAGAGUCCCAUUCCAGCGAGGAAUACUCAGAAAUUCGUCUCCCAAUUUGCUGAUCUUCACCUGACUGGUGGAUGUCUGGUGAAAGCUUCUGAGAACACAUCCGCAGCAGCGGUGACAGCCUUGGCACAGGAACAGCAGGCCAAAAGUUUGAGUUCGUUUAAACCGCAGGUUAAGGUCAAACCGCAUAUCCUGAAAAAGCCCCAGGUGCUUCCGCCGCACACGCCCGAAAUGUCACGGCGAUCGCAGGACUAGAAUCGACGGAUCGGACUUGGUUGCCGGUCCAAAACACUCAAUCUGUAAGUGAUAUACCAAAAAUAAGUAAACGAUAGUAAUGGAGGAGUUUAGCGCGAAAAUGAUGAGCUGAUAAGAUGAUCGUGGGAAUUUGAGCGACUGUGGGAAUUGUGGGAAAAACAGGGUCUGUCCCGGAUGAAUAAGAAACAGGGGGCGGUCACACGCUUACUAUUACAGUUUUAGCAGAGGAUUUUGAUCGAAUUUUUAAACGUACGAUGGUGGUAGCGAUUGAACAGUGAAAAACACCAAUAUAUUUCAAUGUAACAAUAAAUAUUAAUGUUUAAGACUGGAUCGGUACAAUAUACAAACUGGGAGAAGUCAGUACGAUCGAUAAUAAACGAGAAACCAGAACAGUAGCAGAUAGGAUGCUCUCGAAUUUGAGAAAUCGAAUUUCUAAGUCAGUAGAGGUACAGUUUUUAUGUGUAUUAUGAGCAGUAGAUUGUGACCAGGUUUUUAGUCCGGACGCGUAUUUAGUGAACGAACAUCACAAAAUAUUCUCUAGCGUAGAAGGAAUCGAUGAACCAUUAGCAACAGAAGGCCUCUCCAGUGAUUGAUGCGACAUCUGAAUUUUGAUAUUAGAAUUAGUUCAAGUUGUAAUUCCUAACACCCAUCAUACUUUUUUAACUAUCACUAAAAGCAUCGAAUUUUAUUAGACUAAGUUGAGCACUUAUCACACAAGAGGUGCAACAUAUGAAUCGGUUUUAGAAAAACAAAAUUAUUUUAAAUGUUUAACUUUUUCUCAGUUAAUCCUAUCGAUAGAUUUUAUGGUUUUGAUAUUGUGUUGGAAAAAGUCGAGAAAAAUACAAAGGAAUUAUUUUCCCCUACGGUCAAAACAUUCGCAACUUUUUUAUUUAAAUUAGAAAUUGUAAAAACCCGCCGAUUUUUAUUCCCAUUGUUUGAUUACAAUCUGAUUUUUGAACUACUCUCAACAUACAAUAAAUAAACAAAUAACUGUCUGAAUGCAACAUUAGCCACACAGUAGAGCAGCUACCGACAACAGAAAAAAUAAGCAAAAUAAAUAAACCAAUCAGCCAAAAAUAACUUGUUGUCCAACAGUAAAAGUAAUACUGCAAAAAGCAAUGAACCAUAUUCAGAAUGACGUAGAAAGUCAAGUAAAUAGUAUUCGAUACAAGGGAGCUAUCAAUCACUUCGGUGACUAAAUCAAAUGACGAAUAGUAUAAUACCAAUAAAAAGGAUAACAAACCAGCAUCAUGCAGCGGGCACUGUUCUCAGCUAUCAAAACUGAAAAAAAAAGAAACAAAAAUCAAGCAAAACAACGCAUAAAUUAGUCUCCAUCUGUUUUUAGCCAUCGUAAAAAGUUCCCUAAUCGCAUUCGACGCGUCCAUAAACUCAACUAUCCACUUAACACUACUAAAGCUAAACCUAGAAAACCAUUCAACCAUUUCAUAGCCAUUACCAUUUACCCACUUAUCCAUCAAAUGUUCCAGAAUAAAAGGAAAAUAUUAAAUCUAA